AUGACCGACUGCUGUAGGUCGGAGUGGGUGUUUGGCACACUGACAAGUAUCCUGACUAUCAGUGUAUUCAUAGUCGAGUGCGGGUGUGUCGAGAUGAAGCGCUCGGUAGAAAAGAUGGCUCAAGUCACCAGACACAUUAUCCAUACAGCUACUGCCCCUGCGGCUGUUGGUCCAUAUAGCCAAGCAGUUCGCGUUGACAAUACUAUCUACAUCAGUGGCUCAUUGGGAUUGGAUCCCAAGAGUGGUGAGCUGAAGGGAGGCAUAAAAGAGCAAACGCACCAGUCCUUGAAGAACAUUGGGGAAAUUUUGAAGGCGGCCGGGGUUGGCUAUGGGAACGUGGUAAAAACAACAGUUCUGCUGGCAAAUAUCGAUGACUUCACCACCGUCAACGACAUCUAUAAGGAGUACUUUACCGCAAAGUUCCCAGCCAGAGCUGCCUAUCAGGUGGCUGCCCUGCCGAAGAAGGCCCUUGUUGAAAUUGAAGCCAUUGCCGUAGCAGGUGAACUCAAGGACGCAUGAAGUACCAGCACUGAUAGCAAUUUGUUACUAAGCCCGGUGGUUGAUUUUUUGAAAUUUAUAGUGGUUAUAUGUAAGCAAAUGAAUAUACUGCCAUGUUCUCGUUUCAUUAAUAAAAAUGCUCAUGCAAUCUUAUCUGUGACUGUUAGUUUCACUCUUAUAUUUAUAAUCUUGUAUGCAUACAAUGACCAGUUUCCCCGAACUUAUAUUUUUGUGUGCGUUAUUAGGUUUGAAGGUUGAGAGAGUAAUGCUUGAUUUUUGUCUCUUUUAUGCAAAGUUUCAAACGGCAGUAAUUCAAACCUGUCGCAGUAUUCGUUUAUAGCUAUUGA